AUGUUCAUUUCUCCACGGACAUAUUUUGCCUCGCAAACACCAGAUCAGGACCUAGUUUGUGCUGAAUACACGGGUGAUAUCAAGUUCAAUACACUUCAAGGGUGGCAUCCUGCCGGCCGGAUUUGUGAUUGCCCGGCUGAAAUGCUUCUGAUUCACCAGGCUGGCAGUGUUCGUGUGGGCGAGGUAGUCCGGUACACGUUAACUUAUACACCAGCGGCCGAUAAUAUCCGCCCACCGCUAAAAAAAUUAUAUGUGAAGAUCAAGAAUACGACCCCCAUCCCCUUACGGGCCGCGUAUCUUCACGGUCCAUACUCACUCUACGCCUCAUGCUAUCCAUCCACAUUCGACCCCAAUGUUAAAUCCGUUCAUCACAACCUUGAAGGAAUUCCGCAGUACGAGCCCUAUCUCAAGGCAGGUGGUACUUGGUAUGCGACGGUGACCCUUCCGCACCAUGCGCAGCAAUUUCAAGAACAAUCUAGCGGAGCAGAGGAGUUGAAUGAUGGUGGCAGUUCUACCUGGAUAAUCGAAAUUGUCUCACAGGUGGUAUUUUCCAACACCGCAUCCGUCAGCUUCGAGCUCUUGGUCGGUCGCGAUGAAGCGUCGGUGGAUCUCUUAUCUACGAGUAGCAUAUCCCUGGUCGGCACACCAAAACCAGCUCAAUUGAAGGAUCAUUGGUCGCCUGAGUCGAGGGGCAUGCAGGUCUUGGCAGAGAAGGGAGUUCAUUCUCGAGCGGUUACUCUACGAGUGGAUGAUACGGCCAGUCUUUGGAACACACCACAGCUACCCUCAGUUGGCCACGAAAAAGAAAGAGAGGAGAAAGAUGUGUUCGUCAGAGAUGCGGUUGCUGAGGAAUCGGUGGCAUCAAACUCGACUGCUCACAAAUCUACAGUUUCUGCUGAUGAAAGCCGUAGGAAACGGAUACACCUUGUUGUGUUGACUCAUGGAUUACACAGCAAUUUAGGUGCAGAUAUGCUUUUCCUCAAGGAGAGUAUUGAUGCUGUUACGAGGGCCAACAAGCAGAAAUCAAACGGUAGUUCCUCGAGUCGUAGCGCAAGCCAGCCCGCAGGACUAUCCUCAUCAGACCUGCAUGCUGGAAGUCAUGAAGAUGAACAGGUUAUAGUAAGAGGUUUUGCUGGGAACGCAGUGCGUACGGAGCGUGGUAUACAAUACCUUGGCAAGCGUCUUGCGAAAUAUAUCCUUCAGAUGGCGCAUCUGGAUUUCCCCAGUCGUGCAACGAAGACGACAUCUCACACUGGGCUGUUCUCUAAUCGGAAACGGCCCGCUGGCGCAGUUUCAGACCUUCCUCAGCCUUGCUGCACCAAUUCAGAGCAGUCAGUCUGCGAAGCUUGCGCUUAUCAGAUAACUAGUAUCAGCUUCAUAGGACACUCGCUUGGGGGUCUUGUCCAAACAUAUGCCAUUGCAUAUAUUCACAAGCACUUCCCUGCAUUCUUUGACGAAGUUAAACCGAUCAACUUUGUUUCUCUAGCGACGCCUUUCCUUGGUCUCAGCAAUGAAAAUCCAAUCUAUGUUCGGUUCGCCUUGGAUUUGGGCCUUGUCGGUCGCACUGGGCAAGACCUCGGCCUUAGCUGGACAGCACCUAGGGUUCGAAGUGGCUGGGAGGCUUUAAUUGGCGGAAGAGGAAAUUCUAGUCAAUCACAGGGAUACGCAGACGCCCGGUCUAAACCACUCUUGAGAAUUCUUCCAUGUGGACCUGCGCACGAGGCGCUCUCAAAAUUUCAACGUCGCACGCUUUAUUCUAACGUGGUGAACGAUGGAAUAGUACCUUUGCGGACAUCCUGCCUUCUGUUUCUCGACUGGAGGGGCCUUGAUCGGGUCGAGAAGGCAAGGAGAGAGAAUGGCUUGGUGGGCACGAUGGCUGAAUGGGGGUGGGCAGAGUUGACCGGCGCUAAUUCGAAGUCUCCCCGGUCUCGCCCCAACGCCGAGGCACUGGCUACUCUUGGCGAGGCUUUUAGUGACAGCAAGACGACGUCACGCGUGCAAGAACUUUCUUCAUCGGGGAUCAAUUGCACCAUCACCGAACGCCCUGAAUUCACUUCGACCAGUCAGCCUGCGACCAGACGACCGUGCCCAACUUCUUCUGAUGCACUCGCUGAUCCCAAGGGAGGAGGGACAUUAGUGGAACCGCAUUCGUCUAGCACUCUAGCCAAGCUAUUUUCAUUCAUUCGCCCGAAGGAGAUCGAGAGCGCAUCCGGCGCGCCAAAGCACACCAAAAUAUAUAAGCGCAGUCAGACCAUUGCAACGCCCAAUCCGGUUACACACAACUGUCACUCUACUAGCUCGCAUUAUCGCGAAACGCUUGUUGGUGGACAAAAUCAUGAAUAUGGGCUUUUUGCUCCACCUAAGACAACCUUCUUCGAGUCAGCCAGUGAUCUUCUCAUGCCUCCUCUUCCUCCUCUUGAAUUUAUACUCGAUCCUGCGUCGAGACCCAGAACAAUAUUUCAUGAUCGCAUAUAUCAUCCUGAAGAUAUACCACCACCAAUGGCUUCCAAGCGACGAGCAUUUACACUCGGGCCUUCACAGAGAAGGUCAACAAAUAAUGCCCUCAAUUCUUCGGAAGACCAUCUACAUGGAGAGCAUGGCAACUCUGGCGAGGCUCAAAGCGGCCUUGGGGUCGAGGAGAAAAUAGCCAGGGCUUACCACCGAGAUUUGACUUGGCGUAAGGUCCUUGUACGUCUUGAGCCUGAUGCACAUAACAACAUUAUUGUACGGAGAAUGUUCACAAAUGCACACGGGUGGCCGGUCGUACAACAUCUUGUUGAAUCCCACUUUGGAAAUGCGGAACUAUCCCAGUCUGGUAAAGCGAACCCUGAGAGUCACCACCACCAAGAUUGGGAUUAA